AUGGCGGAUCCGGUGGUGGCGGCAGCGGUAGCGUGGGCGGCGGAUGAGCGAUGGGUGCAUAGGCGGGGUUGGUACGCGGACUCUGCUCCGGCCAGAGCUGAGGAGCUGGGAGGAGUUGAGGGGUGGAGAGAGGCGGCGUCCGAGGAGCAGGAGCUCCUCGCCUCCGUUGUCGAGGCCAUCGCAGAGAGGACCGCAGCGCUGACCUCCCCAAGGAGCUCCUCGCCUCAUCUUCGGCCUGCUCGGCUCCUGCGACCGCAAGCACUGCUCCCUCGUCUGCUACCGCUGGCUCGCCAUCGAGGCCUCCUCCCACGCUCCGCCUCGCGCUCGAAGCCCGGGACUGCUGCUUUGACGACGAAGCCUCCACCUCUCCCCACCUCCUUCCUCUGCGGCGGCGCAAGCUUGCGUGCGGGGAGGCGGCGGCGCAGCGUAGCCACUCCUCCCAUCCUCCACGCCGCCGCAUCGUCCUCCUCCUCCAUUUGGCUCCGCCCCCGGUUGCUUGUUUCCAGUGGAGGAACGGGUUUAAGGCACACAUUCCAGCUGGUGUCUGCAGUUGGAUCAGGUCGGGACUCAUCCAUCACUGAGGCCGAGAGGAAGAGCGACCUGUCGCUGGAGAACGUCAAGACGUCCAUCGUGUCGCGCGACGAUGAAAUGAUCAAUGUACGAGUACAGUUGCCUGGGAAGGCAACACAAAAGAUUUUUUAUGAAGCCCUAACAUUCUUGGCUCGUGAUGCACCGCCGGUUCCUGGGUUCAGAAAGUCCAAGGGAGGUAUAGGAGCAUUCCUGCAUCUGUUUUGCUGCUUUCAUUUGACAUGUUCCUCCGUUUUUUCUAUAUGGAGGGAUAGCAGGCUCUCUUGCAAAUAUACCAUGAGAGCAUGGGUACACAAUUCACACUUUCCUACCUUUUUUACACAAAAACAAAUACUAGGCCAUUUUUUUCUUCUAUACACAUCAUGCAGCUAGCCUACUAGGCCAUUUUAUCAGUCAUUUUUAUCCAUAUCACAUCCCUGUAAAAACCGCAACUAACAGUGCACAUUGACAUCAUCUCUUCUAGGGGUCGCGUUCACAUUCUUAUGCAGUAACAAAGUAGUUUGAUAAUAUUUAACUAGCAUUCAAGUAGUACUGAGGUAGCAAUUCAAUAAUAUUUGGUAGGCAAAACAAUAUACUUUUGUUAGGCAUAAUUACGGUCCCCAGCUAGGCAAUAAUAUGGGGGGAAUUAGAAAAUAUUAUAGUUCUGAAUUAUACAAAUCAAUAUACUUCAUUAGGCAACAAACUACCUGGAAUGGACAUCUAAAAUGCUUAUUUGGUAUCAUUAAAAUGCAUACAAAAUAUUAAUCCAAAUGAUCAUGCAUGCACUAGGACCUUUUCUUGCAUGCUAUAUGCUAACUGAUUUGGUUCUCUUUUUUCUCAUUGCUGCUGUUAUUGAGGAACAUAUGCGUGGAAAUCCAAUUGGGGUUGCCUAGAAGCAUGUAUUUACUCUUUGUGAAUUGAUUUCAUUUUGCUCCGAACAUAUAUGCAGAAUGUUAAUAGAGCAACUUGGCAGUCCAAUUAUUGUAAAUUAUAGGAUGGUUAGCCCUUUCUGACUUCUGUCAUUAUCUUUUCCCGAAUUUUAACAAUAAUUUUGGUUGGAACUCAUGGAAUCAUGUUAGCACUAUCCAUCUUUGGUUAGCAUUUCUAUAUUCAGAUAGAGGAACACAUUUCUAUAUUCAUAUCGCUGUUAAUUUGGUUUUCAAGAAUGGAGCUGUGAAAUGGUUAUCUCAUUC